AAAUAAUUUUAUUAACAUAACCAGGCAAUUUACCAAAUACAACGUCAAUAGCUCAAAACAUGGAGUUACUGCGCUGAAAAUGUGACCCUGUUUACACAGAUUUCGGGACGAAGAGUAUAAAACAGGAGAGAAAAGGAGUAAGAUUGUGGUUGUAGCGUCAUCGCAGAGGUGAAGUGUUCCAUUGAUUGCCACUGUGGUAGUCUAUAUCAGUUUCCCACAUUAAGGUCGGAGGAAUCUACUAAGCAAAUGUACGCCCUCCCCAUUCGUUCGAAACACAUUGCAGUAAAAUUGCAAAAGUGGCCGGGCGUGGUAGCUCGGCCAGCACUUGGGGAAGCUGAGACGGGAAGAUCGUCUGAGGCCAGGAGUUUGAAGCCAGCUUGGGUAACAUAGUGAGACACUCCCACCUUCUCUAUUAAAAUGAGAUUUAAAAUUUUUUUUCUCUUCAGUUCAUCGGGUAACAAGAUAAAAAAAAUUAAUAAAAAAUUAACUUUUUAAAACAUUUAAAGUAAAGUAGGAGUGGAAGCAGUAUGUGGACUCAUGGGGCUUGGGUCUGAAUCCUACCUAGAUCGGCACUGCGAAAUGGGGAUAAUGAUCUAGAGCUGCUGAAAUAGGAAAAUGGAAGAACAGCAGCUGAUGUAUUAAUAUUAUCAUUAUUACUAUUACCCAUUACCUGACAAGUCAUAAUUGUGACAUGAAGGAGGCUGGACCAGUUGUUUCAACAAUUUUUUCCGUCUAGUAUUCGUUGGUAACGUCUGAGACAACACCUCAGCUUAGAUCAGUGCCUUCUCUGAACAGCGUUCACCAAGUAGCCCCCAACCCGAAAAUCCCCAAGUCCCCGGGUGCCGAGGACGCUGCGAGUCCUGCGCAUGCGCAAGGUUGCUCACGCGCUCACCACCUCCUUGGCGAAUGGCCUGUUCCAUUCUCGAGGGAUGCCGGCGGGAGGUGAGGCGGGAGACUUGGAAGCCUGGGCCCGGAAGUGAGGUGCGUCAUUAGUAUUUCCAGCCUUUCACUCCAUGAAUAGUACUUUGUGAUUAUUAUACUUCUACCUUGAUGAUUGCAACAGGCUUCUGGAAAGAGUUUGGUGAACAAUCCACUGGGCAUCCUCCCCCCUUCACCUGCGCACGUUAGGGAGGGCCGGCGUGACGCCCAGGUACGGAAUCCCAGAGGGCUCCGCCCACCGCUACGGGGCCGCGCCCCGCCGCCCUUCAACCGUCCAGUUAGCCAGCCCACGGCGCCGCCGGGCAACUCCUCCUCGUCUCCGCCCCGCCGGCCGCGGGCGCGGGGGACGUCAGCGCUGCCAGCGUGGAAAGAGCGGCGGGGCGCGGGAGGAGGAAGUAGAGUCCGGGACCGUCGGGCCACCACCGGCCGCCUCAGCCAUGGACGCGUCCCUGGAGAAGAUAGCAGACCCCAUGUUAGCUGAAAUGGGGAAAAACUUGAAGGAGGCCAUGAAGAUGCUGGAGGACAGUCAGAGAAGAACAGAAGAGGAAAAUGGAAAGAAGCUCAUAUCCGGAGAUAUUCCAGGCCCACUCCAGGGCAGUGGACAAGAUAUGGUGAGCAUCCUCCAGUUAGUUCAGAAUCUGAUGCAUGGAGAUGAAGAUGAGGAGCCCCAGAGCCCCAGAAUCCAAAAUAUUGGAGAACAAGGUCAUAUGGCUUUGUUGGGACAUAGUCUGGGAGCUUAUAUUUCAACUCUGGACAAAGAGAAGCUGAGAAAACUUACAACUAGGAUACUUUCAGAUACCACCUUAUGGCUAUGCAGAAUUUUCAGAUAUGAAAAUGGCUGUGCUUAUUUCCACGAAGAGGAAAGAGAAGGACUUGCAAAGAUAUGUAGGCUUGCCAUUCAUUCUCGAUAUGAAGACUUUGUAGUGGAUGGCUUCAAUGUGUUAUAUAACAAGAAGCCUGUCAUAUAUCUUAGUGCUGCUGCUAGACCUGGCCUGGGCCAAUACCUUUGUAAUCAGCUCGGCUUGCCCUUCCCCUGCUUGUGCCGUGUACCUUGUAACACUAUGUUUGGAUCCCAGCAUCAGAUGGAUGUUGCCUUCCUGGAGAAACUGAUUAAAGAUGAUAUAGAGCGAGGAAGACUGCCCCUGUUGCUUGUCGCAAAUGCAGGAACGGCAGCAGUAGGACACACAGACAAGAUUGGGAGAUUGAAAGAACUCUGUGAGCAGUAUGGCAUAUGGCUUCAUGUGGAGGGUGUGAAUCUGGCAACAUUGGCUCUGGGUUAUGUCUCCUCAUCUGUGCUGGCUGCAGCCAAAUGUGAUAGCAUGACGAUGACUCCUGGCCCGUGGCUGGGUUUGCCAGCUGUUCCUGCGGUGACACUGUAUAAACACGAUGACCCUGCCUUGACUUUAGUUGCUGGUCUUACAUCAAAUAAGCCCACAGACAAACUCCGUGCCCUGCCUCUGUGGUUGUCUUUACAAUACUUGGGACUUGAUGGGAUUGUGGAGAGGAUCAAGCAUGCCUGUCAACUGAGUCAACGGUUGCAGGAAAGUUUGAAGAAAGUGAAUUACAUCAAAAUCUUGGUGGAAGAUGAGCUCAGCUCCCCAGUGGUGGUGUUCAGAUUUUUCCAGGAAUUACCAGGCUCAGAUCCGGUGUUUAAAGCCGUCCCAGUGCCCAACAUGACACCUUCAGCAGUCGGCCGGGAGAGGCACUCGUGUGACGCGCUGAAUCGCUGGCUGGGAGAACAGCUGAAGCAGCUGGUGCCUGCGAGCGGCCUCACAGUCAUGGAUCUGGAAACUGAGGGCACAUGUUUGCGGUUCAGCCCUUUGAUAACCGCAGCAGUUUUAGGAACUCGGGGAGAGGAUGUGGAUCAGCUCGCAGCCUGCAUAGAAAGCAAACUGCCAGUGCUGUGCUGUACGCUCCAGUUGCGUGAAGAGUUCAAGCAGGAAGUGGAAGCAACAGCAGGUCUCCUAUAUGUUGAUGACCCUAACUGGCCUGGAAUAGGGGUUGUCAGGUAUGAACAUGCUAAUGAUGAUAAGAGCAGUUUGAAAUCAGAUCCCGAAGGGGAAAAAAUCCAUGCUGGACUCCUGAAAAAGUUAAAUGAACUGGAAUCUGACCUAACCUUUAAAAUAGGCCCUGAGUAUAAGAGCAUGAAGAGCUGCCUUUAUGUCGGCAUGGCGAGCGACGACGUCGACGCUGCUGAGCUCGUGGAGACCAUUGCGGCCACAGCCCGGGAGAUAGAGGAGAACUCGAGGCUUCUGGAAAACAUGACAGAAGUGGUUCGGAAAGGCAUUCAGGAAGCUCAAGUGGAGCUGCAGAAGGCAAAUGAAGAACGGCUUCUGGAAGAGGGGGUGUUGCGGCAGAUCCCUGUAGUGGGCUCCGUGCUGAAUUGGUUUUCUCCAGUCCAGGCUUUACAGAAGGGAAGAACUUUUAACUUGACAGCAGGCUCUCUGGAGUCCACAGAACCCAUAUAUGUCUACAAAGCACAAGGUGCAGGAGUCACGCCGCCUCCAACGCCCUCGGGCAGUCGCACCAAGCAGAGGCUUCCAGGCCAGAAGCCUUUUAAAAGGUCCCUGCGAGGUUCAGAUGCUUUGAGUGAGACCAGCUCAGUCAGUCACAUUGAAGACUUAGAAAAGGUGGAGCGCCUGUCCGGUGGGCCGGAGCAGAUCACCCUCGAGGCCAGCAGCACUGAGGGACACCCAGGGGCUCCCAGCCCUCAGCAUGCCGACCAGACCGAGGCCUUCCAGAAAGGGGUCCCACAUCCAGAAGAUGACCACCCACAGAUGGGGAAACCACGGUCCAGAGAUUUAAGACUUACCCAGCCUGUAAACUCUCACCUCUAGUAUUUGCUUGUCAUCUUGCUGCAACCAGAAAUCCACAUGUGGAAAUGGUGUCCAGGAGUACGGUCCUAUACGAAGUUGUUCUGUCUCUGCAUCGUAAAUGCUAAUCAUCUAAAAAAGAACGUGUCAAGGAUAGAAUUUCAGGAAUGUCACCCACUUUUCAAACCCUCCCAGUAACGCAAGCUCCAGUGUAGUCCUUUCAUGCAUUUAUCUGCAUAAGCUUCUUAAAACCUGUCUCAAACAACAAAAGCUGCCAGCUACUGAACACGUCCAGUGUGUCUGCUGCUGCACACUGUGGGGCACACACAUGACUGUUGUGCGCCAACAGCAGUCCCACAGGACGAGGGUGUUUUUUCCCAUUUGGGGUGAAAACUUGAGGCUCAGAGAAACGGGGCCCAUCUCCCGGGUCAUGUAUCCAGUAAGCCUCAGAGCUGGGCCUCAAACCCAGCCGCGUCUGACUAAAGUCUGUGUUCCUCACUGCCUCAUUAUUUAUACCCCAAACAACUGAUCACCUUGCAAUUUAAAAGCAUACAGUACCUGCUGCCCCAUCAAAAGAAGAGACUAAUUUGCCAAAUGAUCCAGUCCCUGAAUUCCCAAAUUUGCCAAUGGCAGCCUCAGCUUACCUAGCAAUAUUCACUUUGGUAACUGACACUGAAAUAUGUUCUGAAUAUCAACUAAACUAGGCCUGUUACACUCCUUGAGAAGUCCUAAAAAUGUUAAAAGGGUUGGCUCUGAAUCCAAACACAUUUUCCAGUGAAAAACAUCAGCAUUUCAUAAACGAGAAGAUUUCUUUGGGGUGGCCUGAA